AGAAACGUCACCGUCCGUCAACCAAUCGUUUUCUCCCGCACGCGGAACUUCGUGAAGAGGGAAAUACAGUUUGUUGACGUCGUCUGAGAAAAUGGAACUUUACACACCCUUUUGUGUAAAAAGGAAAACGAGUCACGCUGGGAAUUGACUUCGUCUUGUUCUUCAAGAGACCUCUCUCUUGCAAACUGAGGAAUGUCUCAAUCAGUGGUCCAAGUCCAGCAAACAGAGAUGCAGUUGUGGCUGGGCAAAGUUGAGGCUUGGGGCCAAUCCGACAGUGUGGACGUUCAGAAAGAUACGUGCUUUCACCUGAGCACUCUGAGGGAUUUCCUCCAGCGACUCCUUGUGAACAUUAACGGCAUGAGUUCCACAACAGAGACUAUGAAGAAGAUGCCUUCUCUUGGCCAGAUUCUGGGCCGCUUGUGCUGGAACCCUGUCGUCACUGCUGAUGAUAAAUGCAGAGCGCUGAUCUUCCAGUGUCUGUGGGGGCUGUACUCCGAGCAACCAGCCAAUGCGUUGGAAAGAACGGCUAACAAGUGGAUGCAGAACCUAUUGUGUCAACUUACCACCGAAGAGGACCAAUCUCCAUCCAUUGUUUUGCUCAAACAUUUGAACGUGUCGCCGACACAGUACCAUCUCCAAGUCCUCAGAAAGGUGGUGGCAAAGUUGCAGGAAAACAUCGGAAAAAGCUGUAGUUCAUUGGGAGACAUAAAUGAGAGGUGUUCAUGUAAUAGGAUUGUGGCAACAUGCGAGGCUUGCAUUCCCCUGGUUACCUGCCCUGAGGUUGCGCCUCUCAUUGGAUCCUUGCUGCAGCGGCCAUUCGUGUGCCCACAAGCAGCUCUUGGUUGUGACUUCCUGGAUGCUCUGAGUUCGGCCUAUACCAGCGGUUGCUUGUCACUGGAGGAGCGGGCUGUCGUGGCCCUGUGGUACCACAGCCUGCCCAACCUGGAGGAGGUGGUGCUCUGUCUGCUGGAGUCAACUGUCCUCGCUGACACGCCGCUGUCACUGCAGCAGCUCGAGCAGCAAAUAGCGCAGUCACUGCUGCCGAAGGCCUGUGCCCAACACUGCUCCAUCUUCUUGGUGGUGAAUGACAUCUUCAGGUCCCUCCUCAAGAAACAAGAGGAUCAACCGCGCAUUCGGGAUCUCAUCCAUAGCUUUACCAGUUGCUUUUAUAGGGAAGUGACACUGUCACGUGCACAGACACCUUUGAAGGCCUUCUUCCCUCAGUCCCCUCAAAAUCUGCUGCUUCCGCUCUUGACCCACCCUCCAGAGGCGUCUGGGGAGGCUCGCAGACAUCACCUGAACUGGCUCAGCGGCUCAUUACGGAGACUGACAGAGGAGGAAGAGGAGGCAGGUGGCAGUGGCGGUGGGGGUGUUGUGUUUGAGGCCUGGUUCCUGCUGGUCCAAUGUUCCCACUGGAUGCAGGAGGCCCUCCAGGUGCUAGCUAACGCCGAACCCCGAGACUGCUACCCCUUGCUGUGGCUGCUGACGUUUUAUCACCACCCCACCAACAGGGGGCACCACAGGAAUCAACGACUGGUGUGUGUACAACAAGUCUGGGACCAGCUGCGCCUUCAUUUCUCAGCUCCUCCUCCUCAUCCUCUUCCUCGUCGCCUCGUUCCCGCGGAGCCGCUCCACGAUCUGCUGGCCCUCGUCUCGCCGAGCGCUCGGCGACCGUCGCCUUUUCUGAUCCUCGGCCUCGUGGUCAACUGCGCUGUGUUCUCCCGCCAGUCGCAGAGCGUCUCCACACACAUUGUGCGCAUGCAGGUGGCGGCUGCGUCCGGUCCGGUCAGUCGAGCGGCGCACGUUCUGAGCCAGCUGGAACAGCGGCUCGACACGGGAAGCGGCGGCAGCGGCACGCUAAGCGACCCCGACACGACCUCUGUCAGGAUCCGUCGGCUUCAAAAUGAGCUGGCCACCUCUACGCCGCCGCUAGACCUCACCGAUGCUGGACACGCCUACCACCCGCACUCACCUAGGUGGGACCUCACACACACAGUGGACACUAACACACCCUGUUAGCGGCCGCGCCGUCGGAGUGCCGCAAACAUUCCGAGUGGUCGCCACGAGUGCUCCACCCUUUUGCACGAUCGCCUGUCAUCUUCUCGUGUGUUGUCAGCAGCCUUGGAGAAAACAGAGAGAGAGGGGAACACAUGA